AUGAUUUUUAAUGGCAAUCAAUUAGCCAAUUCAAUAUUAUAAACUCUUCGUGUUACUUCAAAAAUAAAGCCAAAAUUAGGAAUUUGUUUAGUAGGAGAUUCACCUGCAUCAAAAUCAUAUGUUAAUAGGAAAUUAAAAGCUUGUUAGGAAAUUAAUGUUGAUGCAGAAUUAUUUAAUUUUUCAGAGAAUGUUGAAUAAGAUUAAUUGAUUAAACAUAUCUAAUCAAUGAAUCAUGAUGGUAUAUUAGUGUAAGUAUUUUAAUAAAUAAAAAUAUUAAUAGUUACCAUUACCAUUACAUCUGAAUAAGUUGGAUAUCAUUCAUUCAAUUCCAUAUGAAAAAGAUGUGGAUUGUUUACAUAUGCAUAAUUUAUAAAGAAUUUUAGUUUAUGGAGAAUUAUGUGAGAUGUUACCAUGUACUCCUGCAGCAGUAUUAUAAAUUUUGGAUUAUUAUGAUGUGAAUGUAAUUGGCAAGAAAGUUACAGUUAUAGGUAGAAGUUUCUUAGUUGGAUUACCAUUAUCAGUGUUAUUAUAAAAAAGAAAUGCUACAGUAACUGUUUGUCAUAGAGAAACAUUAAAUUUAGAUUAACAUAUUAUGAAUGCAGAUAUUGUUAUAAGUGCUGCUGGACAUCCGAAAUUAGUUAGAAAUGUUAAAUAAGGAGCUAUAGUGAUUGAUGUUGGAAUCUCAUAAGGUGAAUAGAAAGGUAGAAUUGUUGGAGAUGUUGAUUUUGAUGUUGUCAAAAAUUAGGCAUCACUUAUUACUCCUGUUCCUGGAGGAGUUGGACCAAUGACAGUAUGUAUGUUAAUGAGAAAUCUGUGUAAUAUUUGGAAGAAGAAAUAAGGAUAGCCUGUUUAUAUCAAUCCGAAAUUGAGUGAUGCUUAUUUGAAUGAUUGAUU